AUGUUCCGCCUCGCCCUCCGUGCUGCGCCCCGCUACGUUCGCCCCGUCGCUGUGCCCCGUGCCAUGGCCGUCCGCGCCUACUCGGCGGCUUCCCUCACCAAGGAGGACGUGACUAGCCGGGUUCUUGACGUCCUCAAGUCUUUCGAGAAGGUUGACGCCUCGAAGCUUGCCCCCACUUCCCAGUUCACCGCCGACCUCGGCCUGGACUCGCUUGACGCCGUCGAGGUUGUGAUGGCCAUCGAGGAGGAGUUUGCCAUUGAGAUCCCUGACGCCGAGGCCGACGCCAUUGACUCGGUGGACAAGGCGAUCGAGUAUGUCAUCAAGGUUGGUACACCCUAG